UUCAAUUCCAUCUGCGGUCCAAUUCUUUUGGUCCCAAACUGUCAUCGGCCUUCCUCUAAACUGCUAUGCCAUGGCUUCUCUGAUGAAUACUCUGUGAAGCUGGUUAAAAACCGUUAUAAAAAAUUCAACUAAAUGGUUGGGCCGUCCCAAAAAUUCCGAGGAGAUGAGCUGGGGCCCGGGGGACACAUCAUGGCAGGGAUGAGAUUUGCUUGAAGUGAUGAAUUUUAUUUUUCUUAAAAUUCGUAAAGCUGUGAUGUCACAUCAGGAAAGGUGGCAUUUGGCAUAGCUGGAAAUAUUCAAAUUAAGUCCCGAGAAACGUAGCUGCUGUUGCAGGGUCUACAUCUUUUCAGUUGCCCAAAUUCCAGAGGUGAAGUGUCGAACACAUUACAAGAGAGAAAUUGACAUAACAGCUGGAACAUACAUGAUCUCUUGCACCUUAUGUUGCCUUCCCAACUAACGCAUCAUUUUAUUUCAACCUAUUAUCAUCAUUUUCUGCAAUUAUUUGCAUAUUUCCUCAAUUUCCAUUGUUAACUAUUUGUAUCUCAAAGCUUUCCUUGGCAAAGAUAGUUUGAAUACCAGUAGCGUUGGAGAAGUUCUGGAGAUUGGCUCAAGUAUAACGCCAGACAAGUAUGGCAGAUGAUGGAAAAGCGAUUGCUGUUAUCAUGGUGGGAGGACCAACAAAAGGAACACGUUUUCGGCCUCUGUCACUUAAUAUAGCAAAACCUUUAUUCCCUCUAGCUGGAUUUCCAAUGGUUCAUCAUCCUAUUCUUUCUUGCAAGAAGAUUCCAAAUUUGGCUCACAUUUACCUUAUUGGAUUUUAUGAUGAGCGUCUAUUUACUCUCUACCUAUCCAAUGUUUCAAGUGAACUGAAAAUUCCUGUAAGAUACCUUUGUGAGGAUAAACCCCAUGGUUCAGCUGGCGCAUUGUUUAAAUUCCGCGAUCUUUUAAUGGAGGACAGUCCAAAAGAGAUUUUUGUAAUGCACUGUGAUAUUUGCUGCAGUUUUCCACUGGGAGAAAUGCAAAUGGCACAUCGUACAUAUGGAGGGAUUGGAACAAUUCUUGUCAAAAAGGUUUCAACUGAAGCUACAGGCGAGUUUGGUGAAUUAGUUGCAGACACAGAGACCAAGGAAUUGCUACAUUUUGCUGAAAAGCCAGAAACUCAUGUCAGUGAUUACAUCAACUGCGGAGUUUAUAUUUUUACUCCGGAUAUAUUUCAUACAAUGCAGAAUCUGACACCUACUCCUAAACAACGAGGAUAUUUCCGGCGUCUAUCCAGCUUUGAAUCCCUGGAGUUUUCAUCACAGUCAGUUCAAAAGGAGUUUAUCAGAUUGGAUGAAGAUCUUUUCACCCCAUUGGUGGGAAAGAAAAAGAUAUACACAUAUGAGACCUUAGAUGUUUGGGAGCAAAUAAAGACUCCAAGGAUGUCACUGAAGUGCUCUUCUCUGUACCUAAAACAAUAUCGCUUGAACACACCUGAACUCUUGUCUAAUGGUGAUGCCUCUGUAACUGCAAAUAUUAUUGGUGAUGUUUAUGUUCAUCCUUCCUCAAAGAUUCAUCCAACUGCUAAGAUAGGACCAAAUGUCUCAAUCUCCGCAAAUGCUAGAAUUGGUCCCGGAGUUAGGUUGAGUGAGUGCAUCAUUCUUGAUGAUGUUGAAGUUCAGGACAAUGCUAUUGUAAUGCAUGCAAUAAUUGGUUGGAAGUCAUCUAUCGGCAAAUGGGCAAGAGUUCAGGGUCAAGGAAAAAAUGGAGCUAAGAAUGGUAUUUCAAUUCUAGGUGAAGGUGUUGUUGUUGAAGACGAAGUUGUAGUCCUAAGUAGCACAGUUCUUCCUCACAAAUCUCUGAAUCGGAGUGUCCAAGGGGAAAUUAUUUUAUGAUGCAGCACACUCAUCAUUCUACAUACAGUGCUCUAUAUUUAUCGUUAAAACAGUUUCUCAUAAAAAGAUAAUAAGUGAUGCCUCACUGAUCAAAAAGAUCUGCUGUGCACAUCAAAAAUCUUGGAGUCCCUUUUUAUGAUGAUGCGAUGAUCAGUGAUUAUCAUGUUCUCUAUGCCCCGAUUGACAAAGUGUAGUAUUUUGUUAUGCUUAGUCAGAUGUAUAUGCAACUUCCAAAAUUUAUAAUGUUGGUUCAGAUUUCUAUGA